AUUCAAAGUCAAGCCAAAGAAGUCUCCCAACCCCCAGAGCUUUGCAGCCGUCUCUCGUCUCGCACCACCACCACUACCGACGCCAGCGCUACCGCCCGGUGUAUAUGAAGCAGCCGCGAUCUUGCAACGGGUUGCGAAGAUCUCACAGAGUACCGAAAUGCGCGGAUUAUAACCAAUGUCCCUGGGAGUCAAACAGCUAUGGAGAGACUUGCCGUUGGCGAAUGCCGCUCGCAGGCCCGGCCUCUCCCUGAUUCCCAGGGGAAUUCCAGGUCGGGCCCUGACGGUCGCCGCCGUCGGUAUUGCUGAUGUUAGAGCCGGAGUCGGGAGCCGAACUGUCCACAGCGGCCCUCAACACCGCAACACCUACCGCACUGCGCCAGCUAUACACCACAGCAACCUCACAGCCGCCCUAGUGCUGCUGACGCCACCGCGACAACGACAGGUGCCAGACCAGGACGCGCCGACCCUGCUAGAUCGCCUGGCUCCCCUGCCCAUCCGUCCCCACGGCGAGCUAGAAUCAGUCUUCGUCGAGCCCUACACGAAGUAUCCGUCGAGGCAAGAGACGGAGCGACACGAGCAAUUGCGGUUGGCUCAGGUCAAGACCCAGAUUGGUUUCCAACUCGACCGCAGGCGCCGUGAUUUUACCAGAGACCCCGACUGGCGCGUCACGCUUUGGUUUCUCAAAAACUCUACACGUGACAGGUCAGGCCGCCCGAACGGCCCCAGCGCCGUCAGGGUCCACUUCACCAAGGACUCGACGCCGCUGCUCAUGUCUGGCGAUGGGGGUAAAAAUGGCCUGUGGAACCUUGCGUCCCGGACUGGAUGCCAGGUUACGUUGCAUUCUGGACAGGGGGAACAGGACGGCCCUUUCCUCUUUCUGUCGGGCCCUCCAGACAGCAUUUCAAGCGCCGUGUCGGACAUCUUGGCAGUCACCAAGAGUGUCUUGGUUGUCGCUGUCUCGGGAGAUACUGAGGAUAUUCUGCACGACGGAGGGCAGAUGAUGAUUCCUCCCCUUGAGCUCCCGGUCGAGCAGGGUUCUGACUAUGCGCAAAAUUCCUAUAUUCAUGACCCCUUGCCGGAACAGCAAAACCGACGCUAUGAUUUUUGGCGGCCCAAAACGUGGACGAAGGAGUCCUUCGAACGAUAUGUAAAGUUUUUGAUAUACAGCCUCCCACCCGCAUUCACUGCUCCAGCAUUUCAUGCAGACGAAGUGGUACACGAAUUGAUUUCCGUCUUUGAGCUCCCAGCUGCCUCACAGUUUGUGUCGGAUUCGGCAUUCAACCUGGCCUUGGUUUACAUGGUUCGAAAGACCGACAAGUAUAGGGGGGCGAUCAGAAUCAAGUAUCCCUACGAUAGGCUGCAUGCCCGUGCAAGAAAGCUGGGGCUCUCAAUAGACACGCAAGUCCACAAUCUCCUGUUAGAGCCUGCCGUCACGCUCAGGAAUCUGAAAAAGUUCAAGGACGGUCUUUGGAAAUUGGUCCGUGCCGGUCAUGCUCCCGACUUCCAGACCUGGAUGCACUUCCUUCGCAUGUUUGCGGCCGAGGAAGUCAAACGAUACAUCAUCCAUGCCAUGUACGGGAAAGGUUUUCUUAGAACGCAGGACGAGAUCCGGGAACUAGCUCAGGAAAUGGCGGAGCUCGACAUUUACCGCUCAAUACAGCUGGGCCACAGCAUGACCUCGUUUCUUGCCGCCCAAGACGCCCUCUACGGUCCGGGCUGGCUAACCAAACUUGCCGCCGAGAAGAUACUUGAUAUCCUCGGCCGUUAUGGGAGAUUUCACGACAUGGAGAGGUUCCUUGAAAUCAUGGACGCGCAGUCAGUUUGGACCAACAGCCGCACGCUGAUGUCCAUUAUUGGGCACUGCAAGUUGCAGUCCCGGCUCGAGACUGCAUAUCGGUUUGUUGAGCUCUAUAGUCGCUACGGCAUCACACUAAGCAAGACGGCAUUCAAGCUUCUAUUCCACCUGGCCUGGUCUCGCGGGAAGCCCCACACGCUCAGUGUGAUCUUCCGCUACGCCCUCUGGGACAGUCCCGAGCAGUCGGGCUUGCAGGACUCCGCCGGGGAAAUCCUUACGUGUUCCAAGUCUUUGUCAAGGUUUGCCUGGCAGAUUUUGAGGCGGCCCGUCAAGGUCGAUAAUACCGAUUUUCUCAAGCAUCUCCUGAGAGACUUUCUGCUCGACGAUUUGAAGCAAGGAGGUGUCAAAGAUAUGACCAUUUCAAGCGACAUAAUGAAGACCGUGUACAUGUGGUAUAGACAACGGCACCGCGAUUUUGAGCCAGUCACGCCGUUUCACGUCUUGCUACGGGAGUCGUUGAAGAAGGACGACCAGCUUUCCAUCAAGGCAGCCACGAAGGGCUUCUCGUGGGAGUCUCCCGGCGGCGAGGAACCCGCACUGAUGCCGAUACAUAUACGUAUACAAAAGCGGGAAAAGCCACUUAAUUGGUAUAAGCCGAUGGAGCGCACCGCCUCUGAUGACCUCGCAGCGGCCGACAAACCGAGAGAUUGGGAGAGAAAUGGCAGCAGCAGCAGCAGCAACCAAGAUCUCGAGAGCGAUCAGGAUACCAUCUCCGACACAAGUGAACCCAAAAAUGAACUUGACACCGACGGUUACAAUAAUUACAGCGGCAGCGACGACGCCCUCGAUGGUGGCUGGCAGCACCAGAUCCGCAGCUAUGGCACAGAAGUGGCCAUGGGAGGAAUCCUGAGGCACCCAACACCGGACAUGAUCACUUCCCCCGCCACGGUCGAAAUAGAUCGACAGCGUGGCAGUUUUCUACUUUCACGACCCCUGAUAUUCCUGCAACCCGUUGCUGUCGGUGGAUUCAAGCAGAUCAAAGCAGAGCAAGGCGAGGAGACAUAG